ACUGCCUGCCAUACAGUUCAUAUGAUGUGAGUUUCGAGAAUUUCGUACCGGAUCAACUUAUGAUUUUCCUUUAUUCUCAUCACCUGUCUGGUUGAUAUUGUAUUGAAAUGCUGACUUGGUCAUUUAUGGAAGUAAUAGCGUUAAGUCAGUGCUUUGAUGAAAUAUUCGUUGCUUAUCAACGACUCGUCGAAACAGAGAAAAGAGGAAAAACACUUUUUGAGGCUUUUAGUAUUCCUUCAAUCUCCCGUAUGAAAAUUAUAAAUUAACAAGUCGGUUCUAAAUGGAUAAAGACCCAGUUUUAUUUAUCGAGUUGCGAGUGUUGUGAAUUGCGUCUUGACACUGCAAUAAACAAGAAUCUCAGGAAAUGACCACCACGACUACGGCCAUUGAAAGGGAAGCAAAUCUUCGAGCUCAAAAGAAAAAGAUUCUACAGCGGUUAAAAUACUCAUCUGCCACAACUAAAAUUACAGACGAUAGUGUGAUAUCAGCCGGUACAGAUACACCUUGUUUGUUUGAACAAGAGACGCGACUGAAUCCAAGAAGUCACCACCAUAUUGGAAAUGGAGAGAAUAUCAAAGUCGCGUGCCGGGAGAAGGCGAAUGAGAGGUUCACAAGCCAAUCACCUACCGUUUACAAGACAUGUAGGGAAGUUGAUAGGUCCAAGCCGAGUAAAAUCCCUAGAUAUGUCCAGGGAAAUAAAAGUGUUUUUCCAUCGAGGACACGACGGCAAUUUUCCGAAGAAGGAGCCGAAGUUUCUGACAAGGAUGGAACACAAAACGAAAGGAUAAAAGUCUCGAUUGUUGUCGAUACUGCAGAACCUGAACAAUUCACCUCCUCUUCGUCGUCGACACCUUCGGAAUAUCAUCGGAAAAAGACAGAAAUAAGGAAAAAAGCACACGAAAGGCGAAGAAAUGUCGUUUCACCAAGCUCGAGUGUCUUCGACAUAUUUUCGAGUAACAACGGUUAUUUAACCGCGUAUGACAUUCAACCUCGACGUUGUACCAGUCUCACUGAGUUGGAUUACACGCACGACAAGAACGUUAUAAGCAAAAGAACCGGUACAAGUAUCAUGAACAGAAAUGACAACUUUAGAAGCAAGUCUUGGAAUUUUGAAGAGCCUUUUGCUAUGCCAAGCAAUUCGAGUUGGUCAUUACUUUAUGAAUCAACUCCCACAAGAGAAACAGAAGAAAUUAACUUUCAGUGGUUUGCCCGACAACAACAAGAGAGAUUGGAAGAUAAUUUACGACGAGUGGAACAAAACCUGGACGCAACUUUUGAUAAAUUACGAAAAUACGUCAAGCCUGAAACUGUCUUGGGAAAAGCAGAGAGUUCAGAAACGAUUUGAUUAAAACACGCUUUUUAAUUCGCUUGCUAAAUGAUGGAUUAAUGGAUAUAGCUGUUAGCAUUGAAAUUCGUAGCAAAAUGGAAUGAGCUGAGGGCACCCUAUAAUGUUUUAUAAUUUGUCAGAAACCUGUAAAAACAGAGCCAAUUUCUUCUUUUUUGUUUUUUUUGCUGAGUUAACCUGUUUCUGACAUGGAAAAAUAUCGGAGUUUGCUUAUCGAAACAAUGUCAUGUCUCUACCUGCCUCCUUGUCUUCGCAAACAAAAGGCAAACAGGAGUGUUUGCCACUGGGCCACGAAGGCGAAUAUUUCGAUGCAGACUGCGAUUAAAAAUGAAUGAUAAUUUGAUUUGCUAAUUCUUGGGUUUGGAAUUUUAAGAUACGCGAGAGUUACGCAUGCUUUCAGCCCCAAACCACAAGAAGCAAUACUCAUCCUCAGUUAGCCUGCUCUAAGAAUUUUGAAUUUUGCGGUUCUUUUGCGCUGUAGAAGGAAAUAAGAUGAUCUGGUUUCCUCUCCGUACUUUGGAGGCUUUCACUAAAAAAUCAUCAGCUACUUGAGGCGGAUUUUGAAAUUGUAAACAUGCAGUUUAACUUACCGGUCGCGCAAUGACUUAAGGAUUUUACCGCUUUGUUUAAAUGAUAUGGGGCUUGAUCCCAGCUUAAGAAAAUGCCUGCCAACUAUUUUCUUAAACAGCGCAAAAUAACUAAAAAAAGAUUCUCAUUUUUCCAAACUAUGAACUGGUGCCACAUUGUUGUUUGAUGCUAAUUCAGCAAAUAGAUCUGUAGGGUGCUUUUGUCCAAGAUGUUAGCGGAUGAAAUUUAAAAUGCUUUGAGAAAUCCGAACAAAACCAUCAAUUGUUUUCAGCCCUGCAGCUAAUCAUAGCCAAUCUUUAUCUUCUAAUACUCAGAAACUACAAUGAUAGACAAUUAGGUAUUAAAAUGUUAAACCUCGUUA